UUUGCGUUGGACACAACAGAGGCCGCAGUAAAAAGGACUCCAAUAAGCUAAACUGUUCAACACUGCGAGAGGCUUCUUCAGCCAUCAAAGCAGCAGCAAAGGUUUUUUUUUCUUUUGAGUAGAAGGGUGUCAAUAGAAAAUGGCGUCUAGAACACUUGAAAUAGAGAAGAUGAGUGUGGAGCAACUGAAGGCACUGAAAGAACAAGCCGAUCUAGAAGUGAACCUCCUUCAAGAUAGUCUCAACAAUAUCCGCACAGCAACUACUCGACUCGAAAUCGCAUCUAAUGCCCUUCAAGAUCUUUCACUACGCCCUCAAGGGAAGAAAAUGUUGGUGCCUUUAACAGCGUCUUUAUAUGUACCGGGGACACUAGAUGAUGCUGAUAAGGUUUUGGUAGAUGUCGGCACUGGAUAUUUUGUUGAGAAAACUAUGACAGAAGGAAAAGAUUACUGUGAGCGGAAAAUCAACCUGCUAAAGUCCAACUAUGAGCAGCUUCUUGAUGUUGCAACAAAGAAGAAAAGUAUUGCUGAUGAAACUGGUGUUAUCUUGCAAGCUAAAUUGAGACAACUUGCUCCAGCACAGUAGAUCAUAUUUGCUUUUUUCCUUUUUUUGGAGGUUCCUUCAUUGAUAACUCAACGAGUUCAUAUCUCAAAGAACUUUACGAGUACCGAAUUAUGUCUAAAUUGGUAUUACUUGAGCAGAAGUUCGAGUGUUCAGCGUACCUCCCUCCAUUUCACCCCACUUUUCCCGUGUUCCUUUUACCUUUUGUGAGAAGCGGAUGAUUCAUCAUCUGUUCCAUUGUAGCAAACAUUGGUUGAUGACAAGAAGUUUAUGAUUUACCUUGGAAUGUCCUUUAGUGAGUGAAACCAUGGUACAGUUGUACUAUUACUGCAACUCAAGUUUCUAUUUUAA